GGUUCGGUAGCAUCGCGUCAGCUCGGCUUCACGCCUCUCGUGCGUCCAAUCGGAUCGCUUGCUCUCUCUUUCUCUCCAUAGAUCGUCUCGAGUGUUCCCGCGCGUCAUCCUCGUGCUCCUCUCGUCUUUUAUCAUUCGACGUUGCAACAUUGGAAAACCGUUGUGCACCUUCCCAGAACACGUGAGACGCCGCGCAGUGCUGCUCGUGUGAGAUAGUGUUGUGAGAAGGUUACACCGCAUCGCGAGAAAUAGUCUGAUUUAUCAUCCGGUGUUUCCUGCCGGCGGAUGUUUUAGAAAACCCUUGGGUCUCGUUGAACCGGGAACUGCUGACGCGAAACUCCCCGGUAAAAGGUUCAACGCGCGGUGCGCAUCGAUAUUUCCCUCCGGAAAGUAAUCCUGUUAUUCGACCCUUUGGAUUAAGAUACCCACGAUAGCAGCGAUGAAGCAAUCACCGUGGAUUUCCUUGAUUUUUCAAGCGUUGCUAGUCAUCUCGUUGCUGUCCUCGGGUCUAUCCGCGUCAACGAGAUCGCGUGGGAAGAAAAAGGUCGCGAAGGAGACGAAGGAGAUGAACAUUUGCGAGAUGCAGGGCCAGGAAGUAGCGAUCUUUUGCUACUGCAACAGCAACGCGAUCAGGAACGCUUCGGAAGCUAAAUGCCUGGUCCUGAAGUCGAUCAAUCUGAACGAUCCGACCUGGAAUUACUUCAGCUCGCAGAUCUAUCUGCAAGAAUUGACGUUCAACGUACAGACGAACAGUCUGGAGUACAUACCUACGCAGUUGCUCCGGCAAUUGAAGAAUCUGCAGAAGAUCGCAUUCCAAUAUGCGAAGAUCGACAUGCUCGCCGAGUACGCAUUUUCGAAUCUGUCCACGAUCACGGAGAUCAAUUUGAACAGCAGUUCCGUAUCGGCGCUUAAGAUGCACGCGUUUGAAAACAUGAGGAACCUUUCCAUCAUCAAUUUGAAUGACAACAAGAUUGCCGAGAUUAACAGGGAAACGUUCAUCAAUCUGCCCUCGAUGAAGAGCCUGUUCCUCUGCCGGAACAACAUCAGCACCCUCCAUGACAGAGCCUUCAUGCACCUGACUUCUUUGGAGGAACUGGAACUAUCCGAGAAUCAGAUCAAAGUGAUCACCAUUGACAGUUUCCACGGACUAAGGAGUUUGCAGAGGUUGGACCUGCGGAACAAUUUGAUCGACAUGAUAGGCGAUCGCACCUUCGUCGAAAUGUCCAUGCUGCGCGAGCUCAAGUUGGACUCCAAUAGGAUCGUUUACAUAUCGAAGAAGGCUUUGGACGGACUGAGGAACUUGAGGAAGCUUGGUCUAAGUGAUAACAAAUUGACCAAUCUGGAGCCUGACUUUCUGGCUGGUGCUCCAGGUGUCUAUUUCUUGGACCUCAGGGACAAUAGACUGAAGACCAUCACCUUUGAUAACAUUAAGCCCAUUGCUACCAACCUGUACAACAGCUCUAGUCACUUCUUCGUCACUGGCAACGAACUGAUCUGCGACUGCAAGCUGGCAUGGAUAUGGGGUCUAAGGAACGAGACGAAGAACACAAACCUGCGGGACGCGCUGGAGAAGCUCACUUGCUUCCUGGAGAGCAAUAACGCAUCGCAGAAGAUCAACAACGUGGACCUCGAAAGGAACGAGGCUCUCGACAUCGCGCAAAAUCCAAAGGAAUAUCUUGCCGAGAACUUCAGAGGCGGGAACAUCGGGGACGCCGGCGCUUACUUGAACGACGAGAACGAGGGCGACGACGGAUACGAGGAUUCCUCGUCGAAUUCCGAUUUUCAGCCAAAGGUCCAGGUGAUAGAAGGUAAAUCGAUGCAGGUGAAGAACCUGUUCGAGCUGAAAAUCGAGGAGCUGCCUUGCCCGAAGCCCACCAGGGAGGAUCUAAUGGCCUCAGAACAGCCGUCGAGUCGCCACGAAAACGCUCCCGUGGGAUCGUCCGGCUCCAUCUGGUUCUCGUCCGCGUCGCGGCCGAUCCAUCCCGAGCUGCCCGUCCUGGUGUACUCGUUGGUCCUGCUUCUGUCGGUCCUCUUCACGUAGAAUCGGCUACGCAAGCCGGACUACCCACUAAGCAGAUCAGAAGGACGGCCCACGGACGAGGACGAGUACGAGGAUGACGAGGGGGUGGAGGAGGACAGGGAGGAGGAUGAGGAUGACGACGAUCGUUACCGGUAUCCCGGAACGCGAGCAUAAAAUCGAACCCGGACCGGUGCACGGUAUCUGUGUGUGUGUGUGUGUGUGUGUGUGUGUACAAGAGCGUGUACAUCUGUUUCUCCGCGUAUGCGUGUGUGUAUGGUUACGGUAUGCAUGUGUGAGACCUGCGUACGCACGCAAGUGCGUGUGUAUGUAGUAAGCGUUAAUCGUCGCGUUGCGUUCUCAGCCAAUAGACUAACCCGUUGACCGAUCCGCGGGAGGGUCCGACGCGCAAUUAGCGUUGUCCUCUGACCUAGAACAAGAGAAAAAUCUAAAAGAACUAAGGAAACCUAUAUGCAUAGCGUUAUGCAUCAAAAAUCCUCCAAAGAAAAACAUGGUAGAAGGGACUUAAUGCAUAGCGUUAAGCAUCGAGCAUCCUCCUGAGAAUAAAGAUAGACCCAAGGAAACAAAAGGACUCUCAAGGUGUACGAUGCUAAGCAUCUAUCGUCCUAUAAGCGACGACGGGAAACCGAACAAACCAUGAUAAAGCAACGGAACCUUCGAAAUGCAUAGCGUUACGCUUCUCAUCGUCCUCUACCCAACUCCUUUGCUGUCCUUCGCGAAGAACACGCCAAGGCGACGCUACAGAUCGUUGAAAGAAGGAAUCUAGAACGCAGUCACGAUCGAAUCAACCUGACGCUCGCCAGUGCGCGUCAUCAUACUCUAACUGUUCCGCCCGGAAGAACCCGAGUUGAUCCUGGGUUCGCCCGGAGGGGAGCGAGUCAGCUAUAGCUCUCGACCUGGCAUUCCGCGGGGCGAACACUCGCCAAUACGCGUCGCCGGUUUUCUUUCUCGCGGCGAGGACGCUCGGUGUCGUGCGCGCGUCGCGUCGAUUCGUCCAUCGGGGAUCGAUGGAUCCUCCGCAACUGGCGACGAUCUUUCGAUCAGGCCGCGCACGCUCAGGAUCGACGGAUCGAGGACACCUGCACCGCCGACGCGCGGAGAGAUUCGGAAAGGAUAUCGGGCCGAGGACGGGCACGCUGUCUGAAUACCUUGAACGAACGUUCGGAUUCCAUUUCCGUGGCGGAUCGUUAUCGCCGCACGUUUGUAGGACGCUCGCGACGUGUACUCGAUAGGCGACGCUUUCUCCUUUUCGAGGCUUCGCGUUUGUUUCUUUGGGACCCGUGGGGCUUUGGUCGAUCGUUUAUCCCUGUUUGCAUCUGACGGGGCAUCUGGGUAUCUUAUUCUCCUUUUAUUCCUUCUUAACUCGUUUUUUAUAUGUAUAGAGAUGUGUAUAAUUAUUGGAUUAAUUGAGGAUGGAUUUCCGUUUAUUGUUCCUUAGAUACCGUGCCAUUUAGCGUCUGGCUAUCUUCUUUAUCUGAUCCUGUAUUCUUUGAGGUCUAUUUUCUUAAAUAUAUUUCACUCUUCGUUCGAUUUACAGAUGCUGUUAGUUACCACAUUAGAUUUUUCUUUUAUUUAGAUACCAUGGGAAUUAGGUGCUUCCUAGUCAUCUUUUCUCAUUCCAUCGAAACGUAAAUGUUACGUAAUUACUAUCUUUGUUUCAUUCUUUAGACGCCCAAGUUAGCGCUUUUUUCAUUUUCUCAUUCUAUCGAUAUAAAAAUGCUACAUAACCGCAAUAUCAUCUUCUCCCAUUUUCUCUCCGUAUUAAUAUACAAAUAUUUCAUUGUGAUUAUAAUAAUUGAUACAUUGGAUUCCUGCUGUUUCUCUAGGUACGCGAGUUGAGUGUUUCCUGGUUACUACAGCCAUCCUUUCCGUACCGGAAACACUCCGGAACUCAUCCAUGUCGCGUCCACGACCGAACCUGUCGGAGUUUCUGCGGACCGUUCACGGUGCACGUGUGUGCGCGGUAGCACAAGGUUUUUCGCGAGUUCGUGGCAAUUCCUCGGCGCGUAUCAGUCCUCGCGAGGCUCACCCGUUCUCCGUGGAAACAAAGUUUCGCCGAUCGGGGGACGAUCCCACGCGAAGCUUAGUCAAUUCCCCGUGCAAUCGCGCUGCUUUUAUCGUCGGUGAGAUAUCGUCUCGGAUCGCGCGGCGGGAAAGUUUCUCGGAUCGGAACCCGGGCAAGUCUUCGAUCGCCGAACUCAUGGCCGCGACAACCGACACCCGCUAAAAUAUCUUAUUUUCACUUACUUUCGUUUAUUUAAAUACGUCGCGCGCGGAAAUGAACGUUGGAAACGUUAACGAACGUUAAAAGGAAAGGUGAGGCGAGGUAAAAAUUUUUAUGUAAACUUUCAUGGAAAUUUGCGAAGAAAUAAAUUCACGAUUUAAUUAUCGGUAAACCGUGGAUUUUAAUAUUUUCAAAUUUCCAAUAUUCCGACUGCCGGUAAUUCUUUUAUUUAUAUUUUUGUAUAAAAUUCUCGGAACGGUUGAUCCAAUUUCAAUAAUUGCCUCGAUUCGUUUAACUAGUUAGAGAUAUUGCACGAGGCCUAGUCGAAAAAUUUGGAAAAUCAUAUUUUCCGUUUCCCACGGAGCGGGAAAUUCGGCAACAAUUUUCUCGCGUAAGAUAGACACGGGGGAUGCCAUAUUAGCAAAGUUCGUGAAAUUUAAUAAAAUUAUUGAAACGCGAUUCCCCGUAGCCAG